GAGUGAUGAGGAGCGACGGGGCUAACAUCUGCUCUAUGCGCCUCACGGUGACGUCAUGAAGACAGCAUCCCAGGAUUCCACCCGCCGUCAGUGACGUCAGCACGUCCUUAUCACUCCCCCCAGCGCUAUCCCCGUCGCUAUAACAACCGCUCCCCCAUCCUCCUCCGGGCUGGAUGCUCCGUGCCGGCUGUGUGUCCCCUCUCCCCUCCCCGUCCACUCCAUUCCCCAGACGCUAAAUGAAGGAGGUAGUAAAAUAAGAAGUGACACAGUGUGCGGGGAGGGGCGGGCUGUCACCUCCACUGCUCCCCAGCGCUGGGGCCUGUCAUGGCGCUAAUUCCGUGCCAGGUGCUGCGGGUCGCCAUCAUGCUGUCAUACCUGUCCGUGCUGUGCCACUACAAGGCCGUAGAGAUGCCCGCACACCAGACCUAUGGCGGCAGCUGGAAGUUUCUCACCUUCAUUGACUUGGUUAUCCAGGCUGUCUUUUUUGGCAUUUGUGUUCUGACUGACCUGUCCUGUCUCCUAACAAAAGGCAGUGAGAAUCAAGAACAAGAGCGGCAGCUGAAAAAGCUCAUCUCACUCCGAGACUGGAUGAUGGCUGUUUUAGCAUUCCCUGUCGGAGUUUUUGUGGUCACAAUGUUCUGGGUUCUCUACCUAUAUGACCGGGAACUAGUAUACCCAAAGCUGCUGGAUAAUUUUAUACCACCCUGGCUAAAUCAUGGAAUGCAUACUACUGUACUGCCUUUCAUAUUAAUUGAAAUGAGGACCACACAUCACCAGUAUCCAAGCAGAAAUAGUGGCAUUGCAACAGUUUGUGGAUUCUCCAUUUGUUACAUUUUGUGGGUGUGCUGGGUUCAUCAUGUGACGGGAGUAUGGGUGUACCCUCUUCUGGAAUACAUCAGUCCGCUAGCCAAAAUAUUCUUCUUCCUGCUAGUCACUGCUAUCAUUAACAUCUACUAUGUUCUGGGUGAAAAACUAAACAGUUAUAUUUGGGACUUAGAUAAAUCAAUGGAGGCAGCAGACAAGAGAAUCAAGGCUGACUGAAUCUAGCUAUGCAACAGUGAAAGAUUCUCCCCUUCCAUACAAAGCUAGAAGUCAUUUCAUCCGCUAUAUAGCACGGUCAGUGCUGAGGAGCUCUGUGCAAUGACAUAAAGUGACUGACAUGGUGUUCCAGAACUGAGAACUGUACCAUAGAUUGCAGCCACAAGUUACCUUCUACAUUAUAACAUUUUCUAGUUGGUUUUCAAGUUAUGGUGGGUUUAGAGAUAAAAGGGGCAGCAGACUUUUUGAAUUGUACAAUCUAUUUAGUUCCCGUAGUACAGACAUUGUGAUGUAUAAAAAUAGUUGAUCUCUGAUGUGCAGAUAACUUGUGUUGCUAUAUCUUUUUUUAUGUGUGGUACUGACAGUUGCAAUCAAGAGGUGCUAUGCCUAAUCUUCAGUCAAUGGUGACCUGAGAAAUGGAUUACUACUGUAUAUGCCAAAUGCCGUAGUGUUAGAUUUUUAUUUAUAUACAGUUAUAUGGCAGUUUGCAUAUGAUUGUCAGUUUCUUCGCUGCCUUGUAUUAUAAUAGAGACAUAGGAUGCAAAGAUUAUAUAAACAUUGUAUAACUAAUUCUUUUAUCCCUAUGUCAUUAAAAAGUAUAAAUUAUGUAGAGUAUGGAAUUAACAUACUGUACUACUAAUAGUAAUGUCACUGUAAAUGUAUCUGUUAGAGAAACUAAGCAUUUAAUUUAAAGGGGAAGGAACAGCAAUCCUGUAAUCCUGUAUUAGGAAAUUCUCUACUACCCAAUAAAUUACUCAAUUGUAAAGUA